AUGAUUUAUAGAGAUUAAUAAUUAUUUAAUUAUGACAUAUAAGAGAGAGAGUUAGAGGAAUUAAUGUCUAUUAAUAAGAAGUUUAGAGAAAUAAAUAAUAAGUAUAUUAUCUUCAGUAAAUUCAUGAAAAAUUAAUAUAUAUUUAUUAAGGUAUAAGUUAGUAUCAAUAUUUAGGAAAUGAAGAAUGAGAAUAAUUGUUAAAAUGAGAGGAUUUAAUAAAGGAUUAUUAUAGUUUAAGAGAAUAAGAGAUGGUUUGAGAGUUUGGUUGAAUAAAGUUUAAAAAAGUAGAAAGUGGAAUAUAAAUAGAAUUAUAUUGAUAUAUUACAAUAGACUUAUAUAUUUCUUAUAAAUAGAUAGGGAUUAGAUGUAAUAGAGUGAGUCAUGAUUAUUAGAAUUAAUUAAGUAGAGAAGAAGUUGUGAAAAUGAAGGUAAUAAUUGGAUUAAAUGAAUUGAAUAUUUGGAUGAGUAAUUGAUUAGAAAAGAUAAUUAUGAUUAGAUGUGUUUGUAUUAAUAUUGAAGAAGUUUUAGAGAGG